AAUUGAUUAUAUAAAAGAGGGGGGAAAGCCUUUCCCCCCUCCCACCCUCGUGAUUAAGAAAACCCCCUGUAAAGCGAAGCUCGAUCGAGUCCAAAUCUCACCACAAUCGCUCGUUGAUUCGGUUUUUCGCCGGCGAUCGCAGCGCAAACCCUAACAAUCUCAGCCUCAAGCAAUCGGUUGAUCAAGGAUAUCAUAUUUGAAAAACUUUUUUUGGUGUCCUUGUUUGUACAUAAGAUGGUGAAGCUGACAAUGAUAGCGCGUGUUACUGAUGGGCUUCCAUUAGCGGAAGGAUUAGAUGACGGUCGUGAUCAGAAAGACGCUGAAUUCUACAAGCAGCAAGCUAAACUUUUGUUUAAGAAUUUGUCUAAAGGACAUAAUGAGGCUUCCCGAAUGUCUAUUGAGACUGGUCCUUACUUUUUCCACUAUAUCAUUGAAGGUCGUGUCUGUUACUUGACAAUGUGCGAUCGAUCAUACCCCAAGAAACUUGCUUUUCAAUACCUAGAGGAUCUCAAAAAUGAAUUUGAGAGAGUCAAUGGGAGCCAAAUUGAGACUGCUGCAAGACCAUAUGCUUUUAUCAAAUUUGAUACAUUCAUCCAAAAGACCAAGAAACUAUACAUGGAUACCCGAACCCAGAGGAACCUCGCAAAGUUAAAUGACGAGCUUUAUGAAGUCCACCAGAUAAUGACUCGCAAUGUUCAAGAAGUUCUUGGCGUUGGUGAAAAAUUGGACCAGGUCAGUGAAAUGUCUAGUCGGUUGACAUCUGAAUCUCGCAUCUAUGCAGAUAAAGCAAAGGACUUAAAUCGACAGGCAUUGAUUCGGAAGUGGGCACCCGUUGCCAUUGUGCUUGGAGUUGUGUUGCUUCUCUUUUGGGUUAGGAAAAAGAUAUGGUGAUUCUUUUACCUUGUUUACUAUUUUGUACCCGAGCACGGUUCUGGCUUUUCUCCUCCUGUAAAUCUGGGCAUCAUCCAGAUCUGGCUCUUCAAAUACUCCGAUAUAUGUAAAGGGAGGUAGCAGGAUGCUCUGCCCAUCUCCUUUUAGAAAUUUUACUAGAGGGUAGAUUUGCGCGAAAGAAUUUUUAAUUUCUGAAAAUGUUGAGAAUGUACCUGACUAAAAUAUUCAAGUAGCUGCGCUUACUCCAAUUCAUACUUGUGAUGUAUAGACUGAUGAAUCUUUGAUAUGUGUUUCGCAUUCUUAAAAUAUAAUAUGAAUUUUAAAAUCUGAA